CAGCACCCGCUGAUUGGAAGAAGGCCUUGAUUGUUCCAAAUUUGAAAAAGGCAAUCCUGCUGAUUCAGACAAUUACAGAGGCAUCAGCCUGCUAAGUAUUGCUGGCAAGGUUUAUGCGCUUAUUCUGCGAUCCAGACUGGCAGGUGGGCAGAGGAGCUCCUUUCUGAAGAGCAAUGUGGGUUCAGGCCGGGAAGAGGGUGCAAUGAUGCGUUGUUCUGCUUGAAAUUGUUGUACGAGCGGGAUCUAAGGAAACAAAAACCAGUCUCCACGUAUUUUAUAGAUCUCAGUAAAGCAUAUGAUUCUGCAAAUAGGCAACUGGCCUGGAGGAUGCUGAGAAGCAGAGGGGCACCAGAAAAAUUUGUUGAUCUGAUUGAAAACUUGCAUUUGGGCACAACUUAUGAUAUGCAGUCAGACUCAGGCAGAGCAGAGAAUUGGUUUAGUGUAGCCACAGGCUUCAAGCAAGGAGAUGUGAAUGCCCCAUUGUUGUUCAACGUUUACAUCGAUACUAUAGUGAGAGUCUUUCAGCCAUUGAUAAGCCACUAAGGUGUGCUGUGGUCAUACAAAAUUGAUGGCAAUCUCAGAGAGUGCCACAAGCCUGAUGCAACAAGUUUGAGCUGGAUAUUCAUGUAUGCUGAUGACAUCGCCCUUGUAGCUGAGAGUGAGCAAGACUUGCAGCAGGCUCUCAGAAUCAUUGUUGAUACAUUUGUUCCAGUGGAGAGCAUUAAUUCAGGUGUUGCUUGACGUACCUAGAUUUUAAGGACUGGAAAACGUGUAACAAUAUC